AUGGCGUCAAUUGGUGCUAGUUACUAUGAAGAUACUGCUACUGCCAACGACCUUUUCUUCACGGCAAGAUAUUCACUGAUGAACUAUGCAAUUCGAUACCGAAACUUGUCACUUCCUGCGUCAGGAGAAGGUGGUUUAUUAAACGAGUGGCAAGCCUGGAUUGAAUACGAAAGUAUUGUGCGGACAAAUUACGCCAUCUAUGUAUUUCUGUGCACACUAAGCGUUAAUUUUGAAGUACCUAAUGCUCUCUUGGACUCAGAUAUGAAGGACUGCCACUUGCCGUGCAACGAAGACAUCUGGCUAAGUCCAACACCCCAAACGUGGUUGGCAGUACGCCAGUAUGACUCCAAUCCGCCAAUCCGCUUCUCUGAUGCCAUGAGAGAACUCAAUUCUCCUCAAACCCAGCCAACCGUGGCAUUCACUGCUUUUGGUGGGUAUGUGACGUUUCACGCACUAGUCAAACAGCUAGGAAAUCUUAAUCAGGGGCCGGUAUGGCUUGCAAUUGUCGCGCCAACCCUUUUGAAUUCGCUGGAGCUUGCACUAGAAAAGUGGAGGAUGUCCUUUGAGAAAGAUUUCGAAUACCCUUUCUUUCCGCGGUAUCCCCAAGGAGUGCUCGUCAUUAAUUCAAUUUCACUCUAUCGCCAGGCGCAUGUGCGGCUAUGUGGAGAUUUCGGACCACUUCGCUCGGCCAUGGCAACUCGAGAUGUGCAGGAGAUCGUACGAGGUAUGAAUUCAAUAAAUGUUCCCAUUACGCGAACAAAAACCUGUUUGAAGGCUGCUCGAUGCGCCAUUGAUGCUCUACGAACACCCAUCAGGCUGACUCUACAUAAUUUUAGCACGCCCGAGGAGCAAGAAUCGGUUAAACUGACCCUGGAGACCCGGGGAGAACUGAAUCUGGCUCCGGUUCACGCACAGAAACCGUUUGCGACACAAUUGGUCUAUGCCUGGGCCUUGAUAUUUGAACGUUGCAAUGCUACAAAGGUUCAGGGGAUUCUCGCCGAGGCACUGAAUAUAUACGCUAGCACGUUAUGA